AUGGCGCCUGAAACCAAUGGCGCUCCUGGAAAAUUCCAGAGAGUUGCCUCCUUGCCUGAAAACCCAUAUGCGAAACUCAUCACUGAUCAGUCUAUCGCUAUUAUUCCGUCAUUUACCCUGGAAUCGGGUGUGACCCUCCACAAUGUCCCGGUCGCCUACACAACGCGGGGUGAAAUGUCCCCCACCCGUAACAACGUGCUGGUGAUCUGCCAUGCUCUGAGCGGAAGUGCCGAUGUGGCCGACUGGUGGGGACCCCUGCUCGGAGGUCCCGGUCAAGCCUUUGAUACAUCGCGAUUUUUCGUCAUCUGUUUGAACAGCCUGGGUAGUCCUUACGGAAGUGCGAGUGCCGUAACUUAUAAGGAUGGCAAUCCCGAAAAAGGGCUGUAUGGACCUGAAUUUCCUCUUACCACUGUCCGCGAUGACGUGAGAAUUCAUAAGAUGGUCCUUGACGAUCUGGGCGUCCGGCAGAUUGCAGCCGUCGUCGGCGGUUCCAUGGGCGGCAUGCUGACCCUUGAGUACGCCUAUUUCGGCAAAGACUACGUCCGGGCGAUUGUACCAAUUGCCACCUCUGCCCGCCACUCGGCGUGGUGCAUCAGCUGGGGUGAAGCUCAGCGGCAAAGCAUCUACAGUGACCCCAAAUAUGAGGACGGGUAUUAUUCAUUCGAUGACCCUCCAGCCACCGGUUUGGGAGCGGCGCGCAUGUCCGCUCUUCUGACCUACCGAAGCCGCAAUUCUUUCGAGUCUCGCUUUGGUAGAAACGUUCCCGAUCCAUCGAAGAGACAGAAUAUCAAUGGCACCGAGCGUUUGCCGACUCCGCCGAAUGAACACUGGGCCAUUCAUAAUGAUGGUCAUAAGGCCGGCAUCUCUUCCCGGGCCCCCAGCGAGCGCAACUCGCCUGGGCCACAGCAGCCCUCUGAAGUCCAGUAUAUGGAUCCUCAGUUCUCCGGCACAAAGACCUUUAGCACUCCCGUCAGUAACGGUGACAGAAAGCGGCCUCCCACCUACUUUUCAGCGCAAUCCUAUCUUAGGUACCAGGGAGAGAAGUUUGUGAAACGAUUUGACGCCAAUUGCUACAUUGCUAUCACACGCAAGCUCGACACCCACGAUGUGUCACGACACCGGGCCAGUCCAGGAUCGGAGGAUCCCGUCAAGGAGGCACUAUCGCAGAUCGAGCAGCCAGCGCUGGUUCUUGGAAUCGAGACCGAUGGACUCUUCACUUUCGAAGAGCAGAAGGAAAUCGCGGCUGGCAUCCCCAACUCGAGACUCAAGCGAAUUGAGAGCCCGGAAGGUCACGAUGCUUUCCUUUUGCAAUUCGAGCAGGUCAACCGUUACAUCCUGGAGUUCUUCCGAGAAGUUCUGCCGGACAUCAUGGCGAAGCCACCUGCCGAAGGGGCAGUGGCCGUUGACGGCGUUAACAAAUUAAUCAAAAGCAGCACUUUCGGAGAGGCGGAGGUCGAGGAUAUCACUGCCUGGUAA